AUGCGAUUUUUCGUAUUGAUUUUCGCCUGCACUUGCGCCCUCGCGGCCAAAAAAAUGUUAAGGGGAAGUCCUGCAAGCCGUGCCAAACAUCUCAACAACGCUUUCAUGGCCGCCUAUCGAAAAUCGGGCAUCGACGGAGUUCAGGCAUAUUUCGACAACAACUUCUACUUCAAGGAUUUUGUGGGCGCGCAUUUCACUCGUGCUGAAUACUUGGACGCUCUUCGAAAAGGUCCGAAAUUGGUGCAACUCUGCUGGCGAUCGAAUGGCCAACAAAUCGCAAAAUUGCGCAAGAAUCCGGAUGGUUCCGCAAACGAUUUGCUAAUUGUUGAAUAUUAUCAUUUUCAUGUUUUGUACGAUUUGACGUUUGUUGAGGACAAUUCGCUGAAAGGCGGGUAUCGUUGGCUGAAAAUGGAGCCAGCUGUGAAUUGA